CUUACACAACACAAUCACAAUCACCCUUUUCAGUUCCUUCAUAUUCCCAUUUCUCUCGCUCGAGUUCCAUCCCACCUCAAACCUACAGAGACUUGGUCUCACAGCGCCUGAUAAACAACACGAGAAACUGUGAAUUGAGUCAAUUUAUAAGAACCCUUUUCGACUCUCUCUGCGAAUUAAUCUAUAUAUUUUCAUAUACACGCACUGAUUUGCAUCUGUAAGCUCUCUAAUAGCUGGUCAAAUAAUCAUCAUGCGAAAUUCAAUCGGAGACGAUGAUUCAUUCGACUGUCGUGUUUUGAAGAAGACCGCCCGUCUCCCUCUUCCGGUUGAUAGUUACAUCGAUCUGGAGGAUAGUGAAGAGGAGGAAGAAGAAUCGGAUUUAGAAAUUGGAUGCCCCUAUUGUUCGGAGGGAUUCGAUGCCCUAGGUUUGUGUGUUCAUCUCGAAGAUCAACAUCCAAUUGAAAUAAAGUCGGGGGUAUGUCCGCUUUGUGUUACUAAUAUGGGGAGGAACAUGAUUUCUCACUUGAUCAUUCAACAUGAAAGCAUCUUGAAAGGUCUUUGUAAAAGGAAGGUGUAUGAUGAUGAAUCUUUUUCCAUCAUGUCUCUGUUAAGGAAGAAGCUCCAAGAACAUUCACGAUUAUCUCUUCAAAAGGAGUCAGAGUCGACCUCUGUAACAUCUUCUUCUUCUUUUUCUUCUUCUAACAAUGCAGCAACUGAUCCUUUGCUUCUCUCAUUUGUCUAUAAUCCACCUCAAACUCAUUCUUCUGCUGAAACAAGUUCAUCAAAGAUGCUCUCGAAGGAUGACACAUUAGAUAGUGACAUCAUCCCAGCAUGCAAAGACCAUGAAGAAAAGGCUCAGAAAUCUGACUUCAUACAGACGAUAUUAUUAUCCACCAUUUUCCCUGACAAUUUGUAACAAAACAAUCCAGAUGUUGUCUUAUCUGUUGACAUAAGUGCUUCUGAACACAGAAACAGAAGCAGAUUUAAGAUGUAGGGACUGGAUUUAAUUUUAUGUUCUGUUCCACUUCCACACGAUGUAACCAAAAAAGCAGUUAGCUCAUAUUUUGGCAGAGUAGUAGUUGUAUUAAUUUAACAGAAACUCUCAACUUCAGCAAUCACGCAUCACAUUUCUUCCAA